AUGCAUUUUUCUCAUUCUUCUCUUCUUCUCGGGGCAAUAUGCGCAUGGGGCCUUGCCAGCCCUUUGCCCUCAAGUACAAGUCCUACGGUGCAUCUCCCUGAUUCCAAUGUCUGGUUCAAGGAAACGGCAGGCAACUUGACCGAAUCCUUCCUCAAUAUCCGCUUUGGUGAAGACACGAGCGGGAGCAACCGCUUUGCUCCUCCGAAACCAUACAACUAUCCCUCCGGCUCCGUGGUGAAUGCCACCCAGUCCGGCGCAGCUUGUCCUCAGCAAAAGGACCCUAUUCCUGACUUUCCCAUCUUCGACAAUGUCACUUCCAUCUCUGAGGACUGUCUGACGCUGCGCGUUGAUCGGCCACUUAACACGUCUUCCUCGGACCGUCUACCAGUCCUCGUCUGGAUCUACGGCGGCGGCGACACCAUCGGCCAAAUCUAUGACUCUGCCUAUGAUCCAAGCCUUUUGGUCUACGGAGCUGCCCAGAAAGAUGUUCCCGUUAUCUACGUGGCUAUGAACUACCGUCUCGGUAUCUUCGGAUUUGCCUCAUCCCCCGCCUUGAACGAUUCCGACUCCCUGAAUGCCGGUCUGCUGGACCAGCGCUUAGCCCUAUGGUGGAUCCAAGACAAUAUUGCAGCCUUCGGCGGUGAUCCAGACCAGGUCACCAUCUUCGGCGAAAGUGAUGGUGCAACAAGCGUCGGACUUCAUAUCACUGCCUAUGGCGGCAAAGAGUCCAAAGUGCCCUUCUAUCGCGCAAUUAUGGAAUCAGGCGGCGCCACUGCCGACUCCGGAACGGCCAGCAACAAGUCAGGCGAGCACACAGCUACCCUAACCAGCCUGGUCAACUGCACUGCGUCCUCCAGCCAGGAGGAGCUCGAGUGUCUUCGUCGUCUCCCCAUGAAGACCCUCCUCAACACAGCGUACGCCUACGAGCUCACUCUCAACUCCAUGGGCGGCAUGGGCGUUUUCAUCCCCGCAGCCCCCUCACCCUUCAUCCCCGAUGCUCCGUCGAAACUCCUCCGAACUGGCCAAUUCUCCCGCAACAUCGACCUCAUCUCCGGUUGGUGCGAGACUGAUGGCUCAUUCUUCACUACCACAACUCUGAACUCCUCAUCCGACAUCGCCGCCUUCCUCCAGGACAGCUACCCCAACCUCUCCAACGCCUCUAUCGCCAAAGCCCUGGACCUCUACCCCGUGUCAGAAUUCUCCCCGGACCCAUCCGGAAACAUCUCCGCGCAGUACUUCCGUGCUAGCCAGAUGCACCGUGACCUCGACUUUACUUGUCCCAGUCUCUUGACUGUCCAGACGAACGUCAAGUACGCCACUGACAAAUCCAAGGUUACUAACUACCUCUACGCACUCAACCAAACGGCCUUUGCAGAGGUCUUUGAGUACUUGGGCAUGACGUACUACGGUGUUCCGCACUUUAGUGAUAUUAUGUAUCUUUUUAACUCUGUUACGAACGGCUUGUUCAAGGAUGUAUCGACAGCGUCGGAUCGGAAGCUAGCGUCUGAGAUGGGUGCCAGCUGGGCUUCGUUUGCCUACUAUGGUAAUCCAAGCCGUGCUAGGGGUAGUGUUAAGGGAUGGGAGCAAGCGUAUGCGGCGAAUGCUAGUUCCACGACGCCUGAGUUGCAGGUCUUGGGUGGGCCGAAGAUGAGGUUCACGGGUAGUGGGAAGGGAGCUGCGUAUGAUGAGGAUUUGGUGAAGAGGUGCGCGUUUUGGAAUGAUCCGGUUGUGGCGAGUGAGUUGGGGGUGUAG